AUGGCAAUUGAGCGAUUCGACGUCGCAGUUGUUGGCCUCGGUGCCCUCGGAAGCGGAGCUGCAUACCAAGCAGCUGUCAAAGGGGCCAAAGUCAUUGGAUUCGAGCAGUUCGAGCUAGGCCAUGUACGCGGAGCCUCGCACGACACAUCCCGGAUCGUUCGGACGUCAUAUGGCUCCCCUGAGUUCGUCGCACUCGCCCGAUCAGCCUAUAAAGACUGGGCCGAGUUGGAAAGACGAUCCGGUUUGCAGAUGUUGAACAUCACCGGUGGUGUUGUCCUCAUGCCGCGGGGAGGACCUACUCCCUCCAGCGAUUUCACAAAGAGUUUGGACGCCAAUGGCGUUCCCUAUGAGCUUCUUGAUUCGACAGAGAUCAACAAGCGCUGGCCUGGGUUCAAAGUCCCCGAUAACGUCGAUGCUGUCUACACAGCAGACACGGGUAUUGCUCACGCCUCGAAAUCAGUCACUACCAUGCAAUAUCAGGCGCGCGCCAACGGAGCCGUGCUCAGAGAAAAGACUCGCGUCGAUCGCGUCACCCCAGACGCGGAUGGUGUGGUCAUCGAAACAUCCAAUGGCCCAGUCCGGGCUGGCAAGGUCAUCAUUGCAGCUGAUGCCUGGAUCAACAAGCUGCUGAAGCCCCUGGGCGUCGAAAUCCCAUUGACUGUCAUGCAGGAGCAAAUCACCUACUUCAAGCCAAAGGAUCCAGCUCGCUAUGACCCCGAGCGAUUCCCAGUGUGGAUUUGGGCAGGUGAAACUUGGUUCUAUGGAUUCCCGACCUACGGCGAGCCCACAAUCAAGGCAGGUCAGGAUGCUCAGCAGAACAUCAUGUCUCCCGAUGACCGUACCUUUGUUCAAUCACCCGAACUCGUCAAGAAACUGACCAGCUUCAUGGACACUAUCAUACCCGAGCAUGGCCAAGAACUUCGAACGGUGACCUGCCAGUAUGCCAUCACUCCGGAUCGGCAAUUCAUCAUUAGCCCACUUCCAAAUCACCCAGAUAUUAUCAUUGCUCUCGGCAAUGGUCACGCAUUCAAGUUCGCCCCUGCAAUUGGUCGAGUGGUUGCAGAACUUGCGAUUGAUGGGAAGACAACUGACGACAUCUCGAAAUUCCCUAUUCAAAACGCCCUCAGUACCAGCAAGCUCUAG